AUGCCGGUCGAACCAGUUAUAUGCACAGUUGACGUCGGAACCACGUCAACAAGAGCAAUUCUCUUAACGAAAGAUGGCAGAGAAAUCGCCAAGCAUCAGAUCGAGUAUUCAACAUCAGCUCAAGAAGGUUCGAGACGAAACUCACCAACCAUUUUCUCCAGUGAGGGUAUUGCAUUGAAUAUGAGAGACAACAAUCUUGUGAUCGAGGAUGCACCAAACAACCCAACACUUCUAUUUCCGAACCCUGGGUGGGCAGAGUGCAAUCCAUGCCAUAUUCUCAACAACGUGAUUCAGUGCAUGUCUGAAUGUGCCAUGACACUUGAGAUGAUCAAUAGUGAGGUGCCAUUGGACGAUUCAGAUGCCAGCGAGCAAGUUCAGUAUCAGAUUGAGGCAAUUGGUAUUGCCAACAUGCGAGAGACCACCAUAAUAUGGUCGAAAAAGACAGGCGUGCCACUAUAUAACGGCAUUGUCUGGAAUGACACCCGUACAACACCGUUGAUGCUUCAAUACAGGAAGGCCACACCCCAGAAGGUGCUAGAUGACAUGACAGACCGCUCCGGAUGCCCUCUUUCUACAUACUUCUCUGGCCUAAAGUGGGUCUGGAUGUACCAGAAUGUGCCAGCAAUACGGAAAAGUUACGAAUCCGGAGAUUGCGACCUCAUGUUUGGUACUGUUGACACGUGGUUGAUCUACAAUCUCACUAGAGAGCACACUUUUGAGACAGACAUGUCGAAUGCAUCGAGAACGGCCAUGAUGAACCUCCAGACGCACGAUUACGACGAUCGACUCCUCCGGUUUUUCCAAGUCGACCCCAAGAAGAUCAACCUGCCCAAGAUCGUCCCUAGCAGCCACUUUUUUGGCUCUUUCAGUAUGCCUGACAUCAGACGGCUCGACAACCAAUUAAAACCGUUGCCAAUUGACCAGAAAGACUGCCUCCACCGGAUUUUCGACCACAUUCCCAUCACAGGGUGUCUCGGGGACCAAUCGGCAUCGCUUGUUGGCCAGAUGGCUUUUGAUGAAGGUGAUGCCAAGUGCACUUAUGGCACGGGAGCAUUUAUGUUGUUCAAUGUCGGACCAAAGAAAUUCAUCUCCCGGCAUGGGUUGGUGACCACAGUUGGGUACUGGUUUGAUUCGUUAGACCCGGGGGUGGAUGGUGAGAAUUGCAACAAGCCACAUUACUGCUUGGAGGGCUCGAUAGCUGUGGCUGGUUCAUGUGUGCAGUGGCUUAGAGACAACCUCAAACUUAUCGAUAAGGCAUCUGACAUCGGGCCUCUGGCAGCGGCAGCUCCUGACUCCGGAGGUGUGGUGUUUGUUCCUGCUUUCUCGGGCCUUUUUGCACCUUACUGGGAUGCAUCUACAAGAGGCUCUAUUUUUGGCUUGACGCAGUACUCAACUGCUGCACAUAUAGCGAGAGCAGCCAUAGAGGGCGUCUGCUUCCAGGUUAGAGCCAUUCUUAAGGCCAUGCUAAGUGACCGAGGUUCAGAGACCGGCUUUUUGGACGAUAGCACUAAGGGAGAAGGCAUCAGCAUCAAUUCUCUACAUGUAGACGGUGGUAUGUCCAAAUCUGCACACGUCAUGCAGAUCCAGGCCGAUAUAUUGGGUCCCUGUGUCGACAUUAAGCGGGCCAACUACUCCGAAUGUACUGCAUUGGGUGCUGCAAUUGCCGCUGGUUUACAAAAAGAUGUCCGAUUCUGGAACUCACUCGGUGAUGUACGAAGAACUUUGGGUGCAGGAAUGAGUGCAAAGAAUACAUUUCACGCCAGACUCCCAGAUGAUGAGCGUAGAGCAGCCUGGCACCUCUGGGAGAAGGCUGUGCACAGGGCUCAAGGCUGGCUUAAGGACGAGUAG